CAGUUACACUUCCGCUUGAAUGUAGCAUUUGCGGUGAAAAAUGUGGCGACAGUGAUGCUCUUCAUCGUCACAUUCGAUUGCAUUCGAAUGACAAAAAUGGUAUGAAUUGCUACAUUUGUAAACGACAGUUUCAAACUAAAAAAAUGUUAAUGCAACAUCGGAAGGUUCACCGUGUCAUACGGGUGCAUAAAUGCCCUGUCUGUGAAAAGAAAUUUAGUUGCUACUCGUCUUUGGCGAGGCAUAAGAUUACCCACUCUAACGAGAGGCCACACAAGUGUACCGUGUGUGAUAAACGGUUCAACCUAAAGAACACCCUGCGGAUGCACAUGUUUACACACUCGAAAGAACGGCCCCACUCCUGCGACCAAUGCGGUCGAUCUUACACCACCAGAAGUCUCCUUAAGAGUCAUACACGUACACAUACCGGGGAAAAGCCAUACGUUUGCGACAUUUGCAGGAAAUGUUUUUCCCACCCGGUUCAACUAAAGGACCACAAAGCCCUUCACGCUGGUGGUUCGGCACACAGUUGCAACAUAUGCGGCAAAAAAUACACAACGCUUAACUCUCUGCGCCGUCAUAUAGCCACUAUUGGUCCCAAUCAUAGGAAGGAAGUGAAAGCCGAAAACGAGUUUGAUAGACUGGUUAGAAUUGCGCUGGAUCAACAUGGAGGGAAAUCCUACGUAUGCGGCUUAUGUGGUAAAAAGUAUUCAGCAAAACAUUCUUUGAAAAGACAUCAUCAGUGGACACACACGGGGAAUCUGCCAUUCAAGUGUGACAUUUGCAACAUGUCGUUCGGCUCCAAUUGGCGAUUUAAGGAGCACACCAGACGGCAUUUAAUGAAGAAACAUUAUUGUAACAUUUGCGGUAGAAAAUUUGCCAUAGAAACAAAGCUUAUAAAUCACAUAAAAAAGCAUGAAACUCAAGCUAGAGAGUGUGAGCAUUGUGGGAAAAAAUUCAAAAGCAAUUAUCUGCUGAAGAGGCACAAAAUGAUACAUUCAAAACAAAUGAAAUCAAACAACGAUUCUACUACUACCAAGUGCCACAUUUGUGACAAGGAGUUUCGAACUGCAAGCUUACGCAAGCGGCAUCUUGUAUCGCAUCAAGCAGAACUGCCGUACAAGUGCGAUACCUGUGGUAAAGCGUUCACCAUUGCAAGUCAUCUGGCGAGACACAACCUUACGCACACCGGUGAGCGGCCUCAUAAGUGCGACAUCUGUGAUCGGGCUUUCACGACCAGCUGUGCCCUGGUUCGGCAUCGGCGGGUCCAUACCGGUGAGCGACCGCAUGGGUGCGACGUUUGUGGCAAAGAGUUUAUCUGCGGCUAUCAGCUCCGAAUACAUCGGUACAGCCAUUCGGGCCAAUGGCCGACCCAUUGUACGGUGUGCGGAAAGGGUUUCCUUAGGGCGAAGUUAAUGCAGAAACAUAUGCUAUCGCAUGGAGUCACGAUGCCACAGGACAAAUCAGCCAAGCGUGGUGAGGCAACCGACGGUAAAACUGGUUGAAUAUUUGUAGA